AUGGCUAUGGACCCAGGUGGCCAUAAGACGGAUGAAGUACGAUCGAAAGUCUGCGAAAAAGACUUAGAAGAGAACAUCUCGAAGGGAAAGAACAGCGAACAAUUAUUCGAAGACGAAGGUAAUAUUGAUAAGUCCAUUGUAAUCAAUACAGAAGACGAUACGGGGAGUACUCGAAGCGUAGAUGCAGAAGAACAACAGGCACGAAUACAAGAAAGGGCGUACAAGUAAACUUAGAAAAUGCACGAAAAAAGACGAAAAAGUCAGGUAUGGCUGUAGAAUCUCGUAUAAAUCGUAUAGAUGAAUUACUUAGAGAACAGUGUUGUGAUAUUGUGAAGCUCACUGCUAGUAAAGAUGGUCUACAAAUGGAUAUGGAUGACUUUAAGCGAUUUAAUGAAGAGUUAUCGGAUUUGUUAUUAUUGUCUUUGAGUGAUUAUAAUUCUAACAUUGAGGAUCAAGUGUAUUUUGAGGGUAUUCGUGAGAAGUACUUAGAGUGCUGUGCUGAUGUUAAAACUAGAAUAGGUGAUUUAACACAAGAGAGAUUGGAGAUGCUUUCGCAGAAAACUUCGAACAGUGUUAAAAGUCGAAUGUCGAGAUUAUCAAGGGCUUCAUCUGUGUCGUCUAAACAAGCCGCUGCGAAUGCUGCAGCAUUAAAGGAGAAAAUGCUCAGUCUUAAAAGGAAACAAAAUAUCGAAAGACAGCAAGAAGAGCUUAAACAUCAUCAAAGAGAACUAGAAUGGCAAGUGGAACAAGAACAAUUACAAGGUGAGAUCAAUGCUGCAGAAGUUUUACAUCAAGCACUUUUGGGAGAUACCAUGUUGCUAAGUAGUAAUACCCAACCUACAUCUAACACUUUGCAUGAAAAUACCACUGAAAUGAGUCAAUUGCCAACUAUUGCCAAGGAUAUGAACACUGGGACAUCCAGUGACAUGACAAAUGCCCUAAAUCCCACUGCACCCCUAAAUCCCACUACACCCCUAAGUCCCACUACACCCUCGAAUCCUAUUACAACCCCAAAUCCCACUACACCUUCAACUCCUACUACACCCUUAAAUCCCACUACACCCCUAAAUCCCACUACACCCCCAAGUCCCACUACACCCUCGAAUCCUAUUACAACCCCAAAUCCCACUACACCUUCAACUCCUACUACACCCUUGAAUCCUACUACACCCUUAGAUCCAACUAAACCUGCAUUUACACCUGUUAAUGCCCAUACCCAACCUGUUAACCAUUUACAACCAACUACUACUACAAGUCCCCUAGAGCAAAUACAAAGAGAGACAUUUGAAAUUCAAAGACAACAAGUAGAAUUAAUGAAAAGGAUGUCGCUUCCGACUCCGAAACCGCCUGUAUUUAGUGGUAAUAUUUUGGCCUACCCAAAGUGGACGUUAGCUUUCGAUGCCUUGAUUGACGGUGAAGCUGUAAACCCAGCACAUAAGUUAUACUACCUUGGGGAAUAUACUAGUGGACAAGCCCAGAAAAUGAUUGAUGGAUUGUUGGGGCUGCAAUCUGAUGAUGCGUAUAAGAGAGCUAGGCAGAUAUUGCAAGAACGCUUUGGUGAUCCAUACAAGAUUUAUCAGGCAUACAAUGAAAGGCUUAAGUCAUGGCCAGUAUGCAGCAAAGCUUCCGAGCUUCAGGAAUUCAGCGACUUUCUGGUAACAGUGCAAGAAACUAUGAAAACAGUGAAGCACCUCAAGGACUUUGACACCUUUUCUGCUAUUCAAGACCUGGUAGUAAGACUUCCACCUUAUUACAGCAAGAAGUGGUUACAAAGUGCGAAAGCGGUUGAGCUUGUUAAAGGAAAGUAUGAUUUUAACGACCUAGUUGACUUUGUGCAAAAGGCAGCAAAGGAUGCAACUCAUCCAGUGUUCUCGCAUGAAGUUCUGUUAUCUAAGAGAAAGGAGUUGUUGAAAGACAAGAAGCAAGAAGACAAGAAUAGUUAUCACAAGAGAAAGUUUGGCUCAUUCAACACAAGUAAGUACAAUGAAAGCUCUGGUCAUAGUGAUAAGAACAUAAAUGAACUCAUGUGCCCUGCAUGUAGAAAGCCUCACAAAUUGGAGAACUGUGACAUAUUCCUAAAGAAGUCUGUAAAGGAACGAUCAGAAUUAGCUAAGUCGAAAGGGCUUUGCUUCCUGUGUUUAUGUCAUGGUCAUAUGGCCAGGAGUUGCAAAGAAUCCAUUAGAUGCCAGACUUGUAAGAAACCCCAUGCCACACUUCUCCAUUUUGAAUCCAAGGAGUCUAAGAACGGGAAUAAGAACGAGAACGAAGAGUCUAGCAAAGAAAAGCCUAAAGUAGCUAAUCGUGUCGUAGUGUGUCAUAGCAAUGAUUGCAAUGAAGUAACAACAUCGUCUUUAAUACUUCCGGUAUGGAUAUGUCACAAGGACAAUCCUGAGAAGAAAAUAAUGACAUAUGCUGUUUUAGAUGAUCAAAGUGACACAUGCUUUGUAACGGACAGUGUUUGUGAUCAGUUAGAAAUUGAAGGACCUGAGACUGUGAUUGAGUUAGGAACAAUGCACGCUGUAGAAGAUAUCAGAACCCAGAAAAUUAGCGGUCUUAUUGUUUCAUCGGAAGAUAAGUCAGUAGAUGUACCUUUACCAAAAGCUUAUUCCCGUGAAAAUAUUCCAGCACGUCGAGAUCAGAUCCCUAGAGUAGAAAUGGCGAUCAAUUGGAGUCAUUUGAGUCCAAUUGCCAAUGAAAUACCAGAAUAUCGUGAUGAUCUCGGUAUUGGUCUCCUAAUUGGUAACAAUUGUGUCGAAGCUAUCAAACCACGUGACGUUAUUCCCGGAAAACCUCAAGACCCGUAUGCUAUUAGAACUGUAUUCGGUUGGGGUUUGAUUGGAGUAACAAACCCUGUUGAUCACCGCGAAUGCCAAUCAGACGGAACUAGAAUACAUUGCCAUCGAGUUACAACCAAAGAUAUCACAACCCAGAGUACCGGUUCAACCUUUGUAGAGCAAACCCAAGUAAAGGAAGUAUUGAAUCCUCACGAAGUGUUAAAGAUGUUUGAACAGGACUUUUCGGAAAAGAAGAGAGAGAAACCAAUGUCGUUAGAAGAUCGAAUGUUCCUGGAUAUAACGAAAAGAGAGAUUCACGUUACUGACGAUGGACAUUAUGAGUUGCCACUUCCGUUUCGAAACGACAAAGUUGAAUUACCGUCGAACAGAAAGCUUGCUGAAUCAAGGUUAGAUGGCCUUAAAGCAAAGUUCGCCAAGGAUGUCAAAUACAAAAGAGAUUAUAUGCAAUUUAUGGAUGAUAUGAUGAAGAAAGGCUACGCUGAGAAAGCUCCACAGACUGAUGGAAAACCGUGGUAUAUACCUCAUCAUGGAGUGUACCAUACACACAAACCCAAUAAGAUCAGGGUCGUAUUUGACUGCUCAGCCGAAUAUGAAGGUCAAUCAUUAAAUCAACAUCUUUUACAAGGACCUGACCUAACGAACUCGCUCACUGGUGUACUUUGUCGAUUCCGCGAAGAAAGAAUAGCGUUUACGUGUGACAUCGAAUCCAUGUUCUGUCAGGUACGUGUGAAUGAAGAGCAUCGCGAUUACUUAAGGUUCUUGUGGUGGCCUGACGGAGAUACAUCGAAGGAGCCCGAAGACUACAGAAUGCGAGUCCACCUAUUUGGAGCAACGUCAUCACCCGGAUGUUCCAAUCUAGCGUUGAAAACCACGGCCAAAGCUGGUGAAGAAGAGUUUGGAACAGAUGCCACCUCAUUUGUCGAAAACUGUUUUUAUGUUGAUGAUGGGUUAAAGUCCGUUGAGAAGGUAGAGCAAGCGACUAAGUUGAUAAAAAGCAGCAUUGAAAUGUGCCAGAAAGGCGGAUUUCGUCUACACAAGUUUACUGCAAACAAGCGAGAAGUGAUCGAGUCCAUUCCCGUUGACUACCGUGCUACCGAAGUCAAAGAACUCGAUCUGAGUCACGAUAUACUUCCGAUCGAACGAGUGCUAGGAAUGGAGUGGUGCAUCGAAAGUGAUUCUUUUCGGUUUCGCAUAACCUUAAAGGACAGACCACUUACAAGACGCGGGGUUUUGGCAACUAUAAGUUCCAUUUAUGAUCCCCUCGGACUCGUUGCCCCUGUUCUACUCACUGGAAAAAAGAUCCUACAAGCCCUGUGCAAAGAGAAUGCUGAUUGGGAUGACCCUCUGCCAGAAAAGCUUAGAAUAGAGUGGGAAAGAUGGAGAAAGGACAUUCAUUUGUUGGGAAACAUGAAAGUUGAAAGAUGUUACAAACCUGAGAGCUUUGGAGAUGUGAAGAAAACUGAACUUCAUCAUUUCUCUGACGCAAGCUGUGAAGGGUACGGUCAAUGUUCGUAUAUAAGAUUGGUUGAUGAUAGCGAUAGAAUCCACUGUUCGUUAGUUGUGGGCAAAUCUCGUGUGGCGCCACUGAAACAAGUUUCGAUUCCAAGGUUAGAGCUAACAGCCGCGGUUGUUUCUGUCAAAGUCAGCGCCAUGCUUCAAGAAGAACUCGAUUAUAAGAGCAUCGAAGAGAUAUAUUGGACAGAUAGCAAAGUCGUUUUAGGAUAUAUUAACAAUGAUGCGCGUCGCUUCCAUGUAUUCGUGGCUAAUCGCGUCCAACAAAUCAGAGAUCAUUCGUCAAAGGAUCAGUGGAAUUACGUUGAGUCAAAGUUAAAUCCAGCUGAUGAGGCAUCCCGAGGUUUAAAGGCCUGUGAUAUUGUGAGCGAUUCGAGGUGGAUAAACGGUCCGUCAUUUCUAUACGAAGCUCACCAAGAUUGGAAUCAUUUUAACCAACCGGAUGACAAAGCAAAGCUGGAAACAGAUGAUGUCGAAGUAAAGAAAGUCACAACCUUUGCAACAUCUGUGAAAAAAUUCGCGGACGUGGUAGAGAGAUUAGAAUACUUUUCGAGUUGGCACCGAGCCAAGAAGGCCAUCGCUAUUUGUCUUCGUUAUCGCAGAUUGUUACGUCAAAGGGUACGUAAGAAAAGGGAGGAAAAGGAUGUCGAGAACAUUGAGAAAGCAGCAACUGUUAUGAAACCUGACCAAGCUGUUACUGUGGAAGAAAUGAAUGCUGCUGAACGGGAAAUAAUCAAGGCACUGCAGAAAGAAGAAUUCAAACAGGAGAUAAGCUCGUUAAAGUCAAAACCCAAAGUCAAUGUACCGGAAACUCAACGACGGCGAAAUACGGUAGCUAGAACUAGCCCGAUUGCUAAACUCGAUCCCUUUAUGGACGAACAUGGAGUUAUACGAGUAGGAGGAAGAAUUCGAAGAUCUAGUAUGGACGCUAAUAUCAAGCAUCCGGUAGUCUUACCAAAGAGAGCUCACGUUUCGAAGCUGAUAGCAAAACAUUUUCACCAGAAGAUUGAUCAUCAAGGACGAGGGAUAACUUGGAAUACGAUACGUGCUUCAGGAUAUUGGAUCGUCGGUUGCAAAGAUGUUGUAGCUAAACUUAUCAAAGAUUGCGCCGUUUGUCAAAGAUUUCGAGCGAGUGUCAAAGAUCAGAAAAUGGCAGAUCUUCCGAAAGAACGGGUUGAGACCUCACCACCAUUCACAUACAGUGCGGUCGACUAUUUUGGACCAUUCUACGUAAAGCAAGGCCGGAAAGAAUUAAAACGAUACGGUGUAUUGUUCACGUGUUUAGCCUCAAGAGCUAUUCAUCUAGAAGUUUCUCACACUCUAGAAACAGACUCGUUUCUAAACGCCUUUCGACGAUUUGUCUCCAGACGAGGACCCGUGCGAGAACUGCGUUGUGAUCGUGGAACGAACUUUGUAGGCGCCAGUACGGAAUUGCAGAAGUGUUUGAAAGAAAUGAAUCACGAUAAGAUCAAAGAGGAAUUGCUAAAAGAAAGUUGCGAUUGGUUUCAAUUCAAGUUCAACGUCCCGAAAGCCAGCCAUAUGGGAGGAAUUUGGGAGAGACAAAUCAGGACAGUUCGGAAUGUCUUAAAUGUUCUUCUAUACCAAAAUGGCAGUCAAUUGAACGAUGAAUCGCUUCUUACCUUCAUGUGCGAAGCGGAAUCUAUCGUCAAUAGUCGUCCGCUUAGUGUUGACAAUCUCGGUUUACCGGACAGUUUAGAGCCGUUAACACCCAAUCAUCUGCUUACGAUGAAGAGUAAGGUUCUUCUUCCCCCACCAGGAGUGUUUCAGAAAGAAGAAAUGUAUCUACGUAAGCAUUGGCGAAGAGUUCAACAUCUAUGCAAUGAGUUUUGGUCGCGUUGGAGAAAAGAAUUUCUGCAUUCCCUGCAAGAACGCCAAAGAUGGCUCAAACCGAAACAGAAUCUCGAAGUCGGAGAUAUUGUUAUCGUCGCUGAAGAAGAAUCAUCCCGAAACUGUUGGCCAUUAGCUCGCGUAGUGAAUGCUGAGAAAGACGAAGAUGGCCUAGUUCGAAAAGUAAAGUUGAUGGUCGGCGAGCGGAGACUCACGAAGCAAGGAAGAAGAGAGAAGCCUCUCGUUAGCCUGGAACGUCCAGUCCACAAGUUGAUAUUGUUGAUCCAAGGAGAAAGACCGGGAAUCCCCGCCGAAGAGCCUGAUGACAAAUGA